AGCCACGAGAAGCAAAGUUGACGUUUUUGGAUCCUUCUUCCAGAAACGUAAUUUGCCCACUUCUGGGACACAGCAGUUUCUCAGAGUCAGCGCACGGGGACACAGGGAGGAAGGCAAAGACACACUGCUGAAGACCCACGUUUGAAGUUGCAGAACUUGAGCUGUGUUUUUUUCUUUUCUUUCUUCCCAUCCCCCACCACCCGACAAACCGCAUCUUGACUCAGAUGGUCGAAAGAAAAACUCUUCCAGUUAUUUGAUAUUUGGGAAAUCUCCAGGAGACUCUAACUUCUUUUUGAGGGAGCCUCCGUCUCUCCCCUCUGCUCGGGGCACACACACGCACACGCGUGUACACACACGCACACACACAGUUCUGCGCCAUGGUGGUUCAGGCAACUGUGGCUCCAAGUAGGUCACAGAGACUUCUGUUGAAAAUUCCGUACGGCUCUCUGAGAAGACGCAGCGUGGAGAGGAUGACGGAGGGCCGCCGAUGUCAAGUACAUCUUCUUGAUGACAGGAAGCUGGAACUCCUCGUACAGCCCAAGCUUUUGGCCAAGGAGCUUCUGGACCUCGUGGCGUCUCACUUCAAUCUCAAGGAGAAGGAAUACUUUGGAAUAGCAUUCACGGACGAGACGGGGCACUUAAAUUGGCUUCAGCUAGAUCGAAGAGUUUUGGAACACGACUUCCCCAAAAAGUCAGGACCAGUGGUUUUGUACUUCUGUGUCAGGUUCUACAUAGAAAGCAUCUCAUACCUGAAGGAUAACGCCACCAUCGAGCUCUUCUUUCUGAAUGCCAAGGCCUGUAUCUACAAGGAGCUUAUUGACGUUGACAGUGAAGUGGUGUUUGAAUUAGCUUCCUACAUCUUGCAGGAGGCAAAGGGAGAUUUUUCCAGCAAUGAAGUGGUGAGAAGUGACCUCAAGAAGCUGCCAGCGCUUCCCACCCAGGCCCUGAAGGAGCACCCCUCCCUGGCCUACUGUGAAGACAGAGUAAUUGAGUACUACAAGAAACUGAAUGGCCAGACAAGAGGUCAAGCGAUCGUAAACUACAUGAGCAUCGUGGAGUCUCUCCCAACCUACGGGGUCCAUUACUAUGCAGUGAAGGACAAGCAGGGAAUACCUUGGUGGCUGGGAUUGAGCUACAAAGGAAUCUUCCAGUAUGACUACCAUGAUAAAGUGAAGCCGAGGAAGAUAUUCCAAUGGAGACAGUUGGAAAACCUGUAUUUCAGAGAAAAGAAGUUUUCGGUGGAAGUUCAUGACCCACGCAGGGCUUCUGUGACGCGGAGGACGUUUGGGCACAGCGGCAUCGCAGUGCACACGUGGUAUGCGUGUCCGGCGCUGAUCAAGUCCAUCUGGGCCAUGGCCAUCAGCCAGCACCAGUUCUAUCUGGACAGAAAGCAAAGUAAGUCCAAGAUCCACGCGGCGCGGAGCCUGAGUGAGAUCGCCGUGGACCUCACGGAGACGGGGGCGCUGAAGACCUCGAAGCUGGCCAGCAUGGGCAGCAAGGGCAAGAUCCUCAGCGGCAGCAGCGGCAGCCUCCUGUCGUCGGGCUCUCAGGAAUCGGACAGCUCUCAGUCGGCCAAGAAGGACAUGCUGGCGGCCUUGCGAUCCAGACAGGAGGCCCUGGAGGAGACACUGCGGCAGCGGCUGGAAGAGCUCAAGAGGCUAUGCCUGCGGGAAGCGGAGCUCACGGGCAAGCUACCCGUGGAAUACCCCCUGGGCCCCGGCGAGGAGCUGCCUGUUGUUCGAAGAAGAAUCGGAACUGCCUUCAAGCUGGAUGAGCAGAAAGUCCUGCCCAAAGGAGAGGAGGCCGAGCUGGAACGUCUAGAACGAGAGUUUGCCAUUCAAUCCCAGAUCACAGAGGCCGCCCGCCGCCUAGCCAGUGACCCCAACGUCAGCAAAAAGCUGAAGAAACAAAGGAAAACCUCGUAUCUGAAUGCACUGAAGAAGCUACAGGAGAUCGAGAAUGCAAUCAAUGAGAACCGCAUCAAGUCUGGGAAGAAGCCCACCCAGAGGGCUUCGCUGAUCAUAGACGAUGGAAAUAUUGCCAGUGAAGACAGCUCCCUCUCAGACGCCCUUGUCCUCGAGGACGAAGAUUCUCAGGUUGCCAGCACAAUAUCCCCCUUACCAUCUCCUCACAAGGGACUCCCUCCUCGGCCACCGUCGCACAGCAGGCCCCCCCCUCCCCAGUCCCUGGAGGGCCUCAGGCAGCUGCACUAUCACCGGAACGACUACGACAAGUCCCCCAUAAAGCCCAAAGUGUGGAGCGAGUCCUCUUUGGAUGAGCCUUACGAGAAGGUCAAGAAGCGUUCCUCCCACGGGCAUUCCAGCAGCCACAGGCGCUUCCCCAGCACGGGUAGCUGUGCAGAAGCAGGCGGGGGGAGCAGCUCCCUACAGAGCAGCCCCAUCCGAAGCCUGCCUCACUGGAACUCCCAGUCCAGCAUGCCGUCCACCCCAGACCUGCGGGUCCGCAGCCCCCACUACGUCCGCUCCACCAGGUCGGUGGACAUCAGCCCCACGCGACUGCACAGCCUCGCACUGCACUUUCGGCACCGGAGCUCCAGCCUGGAGUCCCAGGGCAAGCUCUUGGGUUCAGAGAAUGACGGGGGGAGCCCCGAUUUCUACACCCCAAGGACUCGUAGCAGCAACGGCUCGGACCCCAUGGACGACUGUUCUUCCUGCACCAGCCACUCCAGCUCGGAGCACUACUACCCAGCCCCGAUGCACCCCAACUACUGCACGCUGGCCGAGGACUCGCCGUCCAAGGCCCGCGCGCGGCAGCGGCAGCGGCACCAGUCGGCGGGCGGCCUGGCCUCGUCCAACUCCGGGAGCAUGCCCAACUUGGCGGCCUCGCGGGCCGCGGGCCCCGGGGUCUACCUGCACAGCCAGAGCCAGCCGAGCUCGCAGUACCGCAUCAAGGAGUACCCGCUGUACGUGGAGGGCGGCACCACGCCCGUGGUGGUGCGCAGCCUGGAGAGUGACCAGGAGGGCCACUACAGCGUCAAGGCCCAGUUCAAGACGUCCAGCUCCUACACGGCCGGCGGCCUCUUCAGGGAGGCCUGGCUCGGCGACGAGGCCGACGCGGGCCGCCUGACGCCGUCGCGCUCACAGGUGCUGCGGACUCCGUCGCUGGGCCGCGAGGGCGCCGGCGACAGGGGCGCGGGUCGGGCCGCCGUGUCGGACGAGCUGCGCCAGUGGUACCGCCGCUCGGCAGCCGCGCACAAGGACCACGGGCGCCCGGCGCACGCCAGCCCCGCCGCUCCCGACGGCGGCGCCCCGCACAGCGCCUCCUCGCAGAGCACCUUCGUGGCGCACAGCAGGGUCACCAGGAUGCCCCCGAUGUGCAAGGCCACGUCAGCUGCCUUACCUCAAAGCCAGAGAAGCUCAACGCCAGCAAGUGAAAUCGGAGCGACUCCCCCAAGCAGUCCCCACCACAUCCUAACCUGGCAGACUGGGAGCUACAGCGAUGGCUGCUUCCUGGAUUCUCCCCUCUAUCCAGAGCUAGCCGACGUCCAGUGGUACAGGCAGGAGAAAGCCAAGCCCGGGACCCUCGUAUGAGCCACCCGGCCCUGGCCCGCCGCCUCUGCGCCAUCCGGGGAUCGCCUCACUGCCUCUCAUUUGCCUUACCCAGACGCACUGUCACCCUGCACCAGCUUCGGCCCUCAGCACUUUCCUUCUCCUGUCUCCGCAUCCCCUCAUCCUCAAACACCUGACUGAGGAGACAUACUGGAAGGUUCCGGUCCCACUGUGUGUACCCUGGUUCUCUCACCCACGGAGAGCCAGACGCCCGUCCUCAAUGGCACCUCGGUGGCUUCCCCCUGCCAUGUCGGUCUCCAGGCCAGGGACCUUCGGGGGGGCUGGCUGUCACAAGACUCCUGCAGAAAGUGACACUGGUAGAGAACAGGAAGGGGGAAUGAAUUAGUACAGGGUGAUGCAGAAAGAUGACAAAGCGGUGCCCAGCCUGCCUCCUCGAGGCCAAUAAAGCACUUCACGAGAAGCAUGCCUCCUGAGGGACAUUCAGCUUUCCCCCAAGACGCUCCUUAAGGAAACAACUUGGGGAGAGCAGGUGUGGUGGGGGGAAGGGAUGAAAAAGGAAGCCUCACACUUCAGAGACGCAUUGGAGGAUCACAAUCAGUUCUAUGCUGCCAAAGAUUAAAAAAUUAAUAAGUCAAAACACACAGACACGCACAGACACACACACACCAAGAGGGGCCAAGAGGAAGGCGUUCUUUCUGCCAUGACGUCUUUUACAUUUUUAGACUGCCACCACAUACCGCAAGUGAGAGUUUGUAUAUUGUCCCCUCUGUCUUCAUCCCUCUCUGUUAGCGUCCCAGUUCUCUCAGUCCAGAGCCUGAAGAAUUAACCAGACAUGAGGGGAAUGGUGAGGCCACCUUGGGUAGCUUUGCUGCCUCACGCUCCCUGUACAUCCGGGCCCAAAGGAACACAGAUUUGUGGGGACAAGCAGAGCGAUUAGCCCUGGUCUGUACUGGGUGCUUGAGCCCAAGCCCAAGACACGUGGCUCCUCUCCUUUGGGAACAUGUCGUCAGCUUAAGGUGAUGGUUGCCAAAAGUGGUUCUCCGUCAUUAAAACAUCCAGUAAAAGUGUAUCUUUUUUUUUUUUUUUUUGCACAAGGUGUUUCGUUUUAUUUUGUGUGGGAAACCAAGGGAAAAGCACAUUCGCUCUCCAUUCAAGUGUUUCACUUUUGUGGCUCAUUGUAUGUUUGAGCACUUGUGUGACAGAGAGCUCAGAUCUGAUGUCUCUCGGCACCCAGAUACCAGUGUGUCACUUCCUCAAAGAACCCAACUAUGCUCUUCAGUUGUAAGAGGCUCCUCGUGUGUCUACUAGCUAGCAAGCAGAGCAGGGCUGAAAAAGAAAGCAAUUCCCUACAACACUGUCAGUUCCCUCGAUGCACCACAUUUAUCUGCAGACGCCAAAAGAGGAAGAAGGAGAAAAAGGUGUGUGGGCGCUGCAUGUUCACAUGUGUUGGAGCUGCUUCAUACGUGACUGGAAAGCCGUCGGUCUUCAUCCAAGGCCUCAACAAUGCUUUUCUAAUCACUAACAAGCGCACAGUCUGAGUCGGGUUAUUCAAGACGCACACUGUCGUCACGGAGGUGCUGUGCUGUGCUUAUUGGCACGGGUUGGGGUGGGGAGACUUCACUUGUCAUGACUUCCUGUUGGAAAGGCAUCCAACAGCCAGGGGCAGGAGCGGUGUGGGGUGAUUUUGUGGGAAAGCUGAACCCAAGUUAGCUUUAGCAUGAAGAAAAUCUUUGUUUUUAUCUAUGUGUGAUCCAAGAAUAACACUAGACUACCAGACAGAAAGCUCAGAACGGAUACUCCGAGUAUAUCAGUGGUCACUGUGCUCCAAUGCUGCUGCUUGGAAAGUCUGGUGGGAUCUGGCUGGAGUGCUCCACCAGGGCUAUCAUCCAGCCAGUCCCCUGGGAGCAGCGGGGCCUGGGUCCCCAGCUCUGUGCAUGGCCUGGUUGGUGACACCAGUUUGCAGAAGGCAUUCAUAUUCAGAGAACACUUUAGGGGUAAACCCUGCAGGAGAAAUAACAAGCUGGUUAUAAUAUGACUAAAUGAUCUGGGGGGGUUGGUGGGAGGGGAUCUUUUUGUUGCUGUUAUGUUGCUGGUUAGUGCUACAAACAGCAGGGGUGUAUUUUUUGUUCCCCCUUCCCUUUUCUGAAGCAUUAUCCAUUGGACCAUAUUGUUUUUUUGUUUUUUUUUUUUUGUUUUUCUCUCCCAAAAGAAGAUGCAUGAAUAAUCAGACUGAGCCAUGUGCAACAUAAAAGAAGGCGUCAAGGCUACGUUCAGGUACAGUCAUUUGAGAUUACACUGAGUCACAAGAAAAGACGAAGAAAAGUCUUUCCAGAAACUCGUGUUAUGUUUUGGAUUCGGGGGCAGAGGGGAACAGAGUGGGAGUGGGAUUUACAAUUCAGGCAGAUGUCAUGGUGGCCUGGCAGUAAAACAGGUUUUACUGUUGAGCUGCAUUCAGUGGAUACAAAAUGUACAUAGUGUUAGUCCUUGGAGACUGACGUUUAAUUAUCGGUGUGGAGGGAAACGAUAUAGGAAUUGUACACAAGCACUUGCAAACCUUUGUAGGUCCCUUCUUUCAAAAAAAAUAGGAUGAAAUAUGAAAUCCCUGGUCUGAUAUAAAGCCCCUGUUGGAUUCUUUGGAUAUGUGUAAGAAAUUUCCUCUUUAGCCAGAAGGCUGGGAUCAACACAUACAUCAGACUCUGUUGUGGACAGGGUUUUUUUGUUUGUUUGUUUGUUUUAAAUUUUAUUAUAUGCAGGUGAGUGUUGAAACUGUUAAAAUUCCAAUUUGUUUUCAUUCAGUAUUAGUUUAGUUCCAAAUCUAGCAAAUCCCAGGCAGGUGCUAUCAGAUGACCAGUUACUGCUUAGUUAACUAGGUGUAAAGUUUUACAUAUCCAUUAAUGGCGAUAGCUUAUUGCAGGUUGUGUAAAAUGGACUCUAGUUUAAUAACGGAGAAAAGGUUAGGUCGCUCCUGAACUGGCUGUCGAGCAUGUAAAAAGAUUUGACUGGAUUCUGUUCAACUGUAAUCAAUGGAAAAGAUGUACGUUGUAGAAAAAAGUUGCAGAACUAAAAAGAAAUCUGCUUUUAAUUUAUUCUUUUUGUAUUAAGAAUUUGUAUAGUACCUUUACAUUUUGCAAAACAGUGUUGUCAACACUUAUUAAAGCAUUUUCCAAAUGAAAAGA